AUGCCGGCCGGGCUCUCCACACGCCGGCCCCACAAGGGCGUGUGGCACGCCAUCAGCGGGCGGCCGGGGGGCGGCCAGCAGCCGCAGCUCCCUCGGAGCAGCGCAUCAGGUGGCGCUGCCUACGGGCCCCCCGCGCGCAUGAGGCCGCAGCGGUCGGGAGCCAGAGCGCUGCUGCUGGCCAGGGCCCCGCGCGCUCGGGUGCAUGCGCCGGCUCCCACGCAGGCGCGCGCGUCGAGCCAGGCGGCGCUCCUGCGGGCCCGCGCGUCUGAGACUGCGGCGGCUGGUCCAUUGAGCACCAACUAUCCAAGCUGGUAUAAAGAUGUUCAGGUGGCCAUUGCUGUGUGCGAGUAUGAUCUCGCCUUACGUCAAGAUAAGCCAGCAGAGCCCACUGAUCCCAAUGGUGAUCGUACUGCCAUUGAGAAGUGGGAGAGAUCAGACAGGAUGGCUAACAUGAUCAUUAAGAACACGAUCACUCCGGCCAUCUGUGGUGCUAUUCCUGAUAAGGACAAGGAUGGUAAUGAUCUGAGCGCCAAGGCAUAUCUUGCCAAGGUGGAGGAGAACUUUAAGAGUUCUUCCAAGACUUAUGCUAGCACCCUGAUCAUGAAGAUGCUGACUUCACAGUAUGAUGGGCAAAGUGGAAUCAGGGAGCACAUUAUGAGCAUGUGUGACAUGGCAAAUAAGCUGAAGACACUGGAUAUGGCUAUCUCUGAUGGUUUUCUGGUGCACUUCAUCAUGACUUCUCUGCCAGCACAGUACAGUCCCUUCAAAAUAAGCUACAACACUCAGAAGGCGACUUGGAGCAUGGCUGAGCUCAUUAGCUACUGUGUUGAGGAAGAAGAAAGGCAGAAAGCUGAGAGGAUGAAGGAUGCUAUCAACAUGGUCAGCGAGCGCUUUGGGCGUGUUAGCAUGAGCAACACUCCUAAGCAUCAGGCUGAGUCUGGCAGCAGCAGGCAGCAUAAGAGAAAGUUUAAGGGCCAUAAGAGCAAGGCCGUGUCACAUAAGAAGACCUCUAAUGAGAGGCUGUGCAAGUUCUGCAAGUCACCUAAACAUGAGCAGAAGGAUUGCCAUGGAUUUAAGGAGUGGCUUAAGAACAAAGGUAUUCAGUUCGAUCCGAACUAUAAGAGAGGGGGAGCGAAGUCUAAGAGUGGCUGAUGGCAAUGAAGUGAAGGUUGAAGGCAUUGGGAGCUUCAAUUUGGAGUUACCAGGCGGCUUCAACCUUAGUUUGCAUGAUGUUCUUUAUGUUCCCAAUUUGAAGAGAAAUCUUAUUUCUGUUUCGCGUUUAGAUAAGUCGGGACAUAUUUGUGAGUUUGGCAACUCUGUGUGCAACAUUAAAUUUCAUAAUUUAAGUGUGGGCCUUGGUCAUUUGCAAGGCGAUCUUUA